UUGGUUCCUGUUUCCGGUGGCAAACACUGACUACUGCAGUGAUAGAACUUUUGUAACGACACUCUCCGAUUUCCUCUAUAACCAUGCGUCGGCGGGGACCCGGGAUAGCUGCCAUCAAAAACAAAAACCUCGCGGAGGCCAGAUACAAAGACAAGGGAUCAGUGCUGGCUGAAGAUCAGGUUGUUCAGAUGGCAAGUCAAAUGGAAAUGUUCAAGAAGAAUCUUGAGGACUUUGCCACGAAGCACAAAGGCGACAUCAAGAAGGACCCUGAGUUCCGUCUACAGUUCCAGGAGAUGUGUGCCUCUAUUGGAGUCGACCCUCUGGCAUCCAGCAAGGGUUUCUGGGCGGAGAUGCUGGGAGUCGGAGAUUUCUACUAUGAACUGGGGGUACAAAUUGUUGAGGUCUGUCUUGCCACAAGUCACAGGAAUGGAGGCCUGGUGAGCAUCGAGGAGCUGCGUGAGAGGGUGGAAGCAUCGCGAGGAAGACACACACAAGACAUUAGCAUAGAUGACCUACUGCGAGCCAUAAAGAAACUUAAGAUCCUCGGCAAUGGUUUCACCGUCAUUCCGAUGGGCACAACAUUCAUGAUACAGUCUGUGCCAGGGGAGCUAACUAUGGAUCACACUACUCUCCUCACACAAGCACAGGCUAAAGGCUACGUGACCAAGAGUCAGCUGGAGAAGGAGCUGAAGUGGGAAGAGGAGCGAGCUCGGCGGGCGCUGGACUUCAUGGUGAAGGAGGGGUUGGCAUGGGUCGACGACGUCCCUCGUGGUGAUCGCCAAUUCUGGUUCCCUAGUCUGUUCCCAGCAUGCACUGCCACAUGAUCAUGGCCUGACCAAGAUGUUGAAUGAUGAGCCAUGUUAUGUAGCUGACAUCCCCAGCUCCAUGUGUAUACAGAAGGGUGUGGUUUGUUGGAAGCUACAUCGGUACAACCCAGAGUGCAACUUGCUUACAUCUCAUUUUAGGUACAGUUCAUAAUUUAUGGCUUUGUGUGGGGAGAAAGGAAAGGAGAUGACGAUUUUAAGGGGGGUCACCCAUUUUGUUCUUGGGAGGUAGAAGGGUCAUCAAUUUUGUACAGUAUUGGGUGGUGGGGUGGUGUCAUCAAUUUUGCACAUAAAAAUUAUUAAGAAGACAUUCUUUAAAAUUAUGGGAAGGGGUGGGGGUGCACUUACUUUGUACAUAAAUGUUAGGGGUGUCAUUCACAUUGUACAUCCUUUUCCAUAAAUAUCAUCAUCAUCCCCCUAGCCAUGACUUAUGAACAGUCCCUUAGAUAAACAAGUAUUUCUUUUGACACAAUCACUACAGUACAUGGAUAGUUAAUGAUUAUAUCCCAUGACCAGCUCAAUACGUUGAGUGGUAUGCCUCAUGCAGUGAGCCCCCUGAUAAUUGUCUGGUAUUAGGGCCAGCAAAUAGUUCCUGCGCCGAUUUUUCACAACUCCUGUCUAACACAGACUUUACAUGUCAUAGAUCAAAGAUCAGGUUGUCAAAAUAUGUUAUAAAUAUGCACACGUUGUUUAUUUUGAUCUGUAUUGGUUAUUUGAUGAGUUGCUGCUGUAGCGAUGUAUUCUAUGUUAAUUUUGUUCAAAAGACGUCACGGUCCAACUACUUGUAACGCAAUGGAACACUUCAUACCCCGGGAAUAACAAUAAACAUGCUGUUGAGAUGGACGUAUAAAGCUCGAAGCACCUGUAAAAUAUGCCUCGUGCGUACUGUGAUUCAACCUCAUUUGGCCGUUUUGUACAAUGUUCGAAUGGUUUACGGUGACAUUUCGUGAGUAAACACUUGCUACCAAAUGAUGACAGGGGAAUAAGUCUUUGGUAGUACCUCUAACAAAAUAAUGUAUGCUGAUGUCAGAUAGUGUAUAAAUAUGUUGUUAAGAGUGUAUUUUGAGUUAUUUUCCAAAACCCAGCAAGAUGGAUAAAGUUUAUUAGUAGGUGACAGGUUCUACACGUUAAUAUGAGUUCAUUAUUUCAUUAACACCAAUUCAGCCGGCCCCUCCAUCAUGGUUAAUAAAGUAUGUGUUUAUUACCAACUACCAAUUCUGUCAAACCAGGGACAGUGAAUAGUGGAAGAGGAAUGUGUAUAUGUACCUGGCAGUGUAGUCAUUUAUCUAGUCAGUCACUAAAUCUUGUUAUGUGCUACACCCUACAUUGGUUUCCCUCCGAUGUUAUGUAAUAAACUAUACUGUGCACCUGGC